UUGGCCCCAGUUCGCCUACAACGACGGUCGGACGUCUGUAACUCAGAGUUGAAGAAAUACCAGGCGAAAAAGAAAAGGCAGGGGUGUGUAUAUGUGUGUGAGAGAGGGGGUAGGCUGCAUUGGGAGCAGCUAUGGGUGAGAUCGAGGGCACCUACCGCUCCUUGCAGACCCCUGCGGGGACACGGCUCGGAGCUCAGUACAACACCGGCAUCAGCACCCUGGAGCCCGGGCAGAGCCUCAGUUCAGCUUUAGGAGCUGGAGGGAAAGGCCACAACAAGAGCCUGCAGAUCCGCGUCCAGGGCCUGGAUGAUGCUCAGGAGUUCUAUGAGCUCGAGUCAAAAGCGGAUGGGCAAACUCUUUCCUCUGAAGUGUUCAGACGGAUCCAUCUCAUUGAGAGCGAUUAUUUUGGUCUGGAGUUUCAGAACCUGCAGAUGAACUGGGUUUGGCUGGAGCCCACCAAGCUCUUAGUGAAACAAGCGAGACGGCCAAUGAACACACUCUUUCGGCUGUCGGUGAAGUUCUUCCCUCCAGACCCUGGUCAGCUUCAGGAGGAGUUUACUAGGUACUUGUUUUCUCUGCAAAUCAAGAGGGAUCUAAUGGAGGGCCGACUGAACUGUACGGAAAACACUGCCGCCCUGCUGGCCUCUCAUUUGGUGCAAUCUGAGAUCGGUGACUACGAUGACAUAGCAGACAGGGAGUUUCUGAAGAUUAAUAAAUUGCUGCCAUAUCAGGAACGUGUGCAAGAAAAGAUCAUGGAGCUCCACCGCAGACACAUUGGACAGAACCCAGCAGAAUCAGAUUUCCAGGUUCUGGAGAUUGCUCGUAAAUUGGAGAUGUAUGGGGUUCGCUUUCAUUCCGCCGCUGACCGAGAAGGCACCAAGAUCAACCUGGCUGUCGCACACAUGGGCCUGCAGGUCUUUCAGGGCCACACCAAAAUCAACACCUUCAACUGGUCUAAGAUUCGGAAGCUGAGCUUCAAGAGGAAACGAUUUUUAAUUAAAUUGCACCCAGAAGUUCAUGGUCCUCAUCAGGAUACGCUGGAAUUUCUAAUGGGCAGUCGAGAUCAGUGUAAGAUCUUCUGGAAGAACUGUGUGGAACAUCACUCUUUUUUCCGUCUGUUAGAUCAGCCUCAGCCCCAAUCCAAAGCCAUCUUCUUCAGCAGAGGAUCCUCCUUCAGAUACAGUGGGCGGACACAGAAGCAGCUUGUUGAGUAUGUGAGGGACAGCGGCUUGAGAAGAACUCCUUACCAGAGGAGGAACAGUAAGGUUCGCAUGUCGACACGUUCCUUGGCUUCUGAUGUGCCAAAACAGAAUCUGUUUUUUAAUGACAAUCUAAGGUCUCCAGUACCUCCUUCCGCUGUCACCGCCUCCUUCCACUCCCUGCAUGCUCCCAGCUCGCCCAUGCGGACGGAGACCCUGAACCAGCCCGUGCAUCUCCAGCAGACACAGCAGCCCGCCAGAGCCCCCAGCCCAAUGCAGCAGGACUCCAUCAAGACCAACUCCCAAUCCACCUACGCCUUCCCAGACUCUGCCACUGACAUCCCACAGCUCUCUCCCUUCAACACCAAGGGUCCUCUGUGUCUGUCGCCCUCUUUCCAGAUGUCCACUCUCAGUCUUCCCGGCCAGGCACCUUCACCCCUGCAGAGCCCCAUCUUGAGUGAGGUGGGCACUGCCAGACUAGAGGAAGACGAAGAGGGCAGGAGGAAGAGAUAUCCCACCGACAAAGCCUACUUCAUUGCUAAGGAGAUUCUGACAACAGAGCGGACUUACCUGAAAGAUCUGGAGGUCAUCACAGUGUGGUUCCGCAGUGCAGUGAUUAAAGAAAACGCAAUGCCUGAGGGUCUCAUGACCCUCCUGUUCUCCAACAUCGACCCCAUCUAUGAGUUCCACAGAGGUUUUCUCAAAGAGAUUGACCAAAGGCUGGCUCUCUGGGAGGGGCGCUCUAACGCUCAUGUAAAAGGAGAUUACCAACGAAUUGGAGAUGUCAUGCUGCACAACAUGUGUGCUCUGAAGGAGUUCAUAGGCUUUCUGCAGAAGCAUGAUGAGGUGUUAACAGAGCUUGAGAAAGCCACAAAGCGUGUUAAGAAGUUGGAGACUGUGUAUAAAGAGUUUGAGCUGCAGAAGGUGUGCUACCUGCCGCUCAACACCUUCCUGCUGAAACCCAUUCAGAGACUCAUGCACUACAAACUCAUCCUGGAGCGUCUGUGUAAGCAUUACGCCCCCCAGCACAGAGACUACGAUGACUGCAAAGAGGCUCUGAAAGAGGUUGCAGAGAUUGCUGCUCAGCUGCAGAGCAGUCUGAUUCGACUGGAGAACUUUCAGAAGCUGACAGAACUUCAGAGAGAUCUGAUUGGCAUUGAGAACCUUACGGCUCCGGGAAGAGAAUUUAUCAGGGAAGGUUGUCUCUACAAGCUCACCAAGAAGGGUCUGCAGCAGAGGAUGUUUUUUCUCUUUUCAGACAUGCUGCUGUACACAAGCAAAGGGGUGACUGCAACCAAUCAGUUCAAAGUUCAUGGACAGCUUCCCCUCCAUGGGAUGAUUGUGAGUAUUCCCAGGAAUUAUUUAUGGAAUGGAAUACUAACUGCAUUAUUGAAUACGAAACAUAAGAGACUCUUUCUCCUCCACAGCUCCAAAGUAGAGAUGAACAAAUGGAUUGAAGAUCUGAACAUGGCUAUUGACAUGUCAAAGAAAUGUCAGGAGAAAUCAGAUCUUCUGUUGGACCCAAGCCUGUGUGAUCGCUCCAACAGAUCAUCAGAUGAAGUGUCUCUGGAGCAGGAGUCAGAGGAUGACAUGAACUCUUCCCGCUGCUCUCUGGACAAGCAGAGCCACCACAGGGCCAACACCACCAUGCAUGUGUGCUGGCACCGCAACACCAGCGUCUCUAUGUCUGACCACAGCCUAGCCGUGGAGAACCAGCUGUCUGGUUACCUCCUAAGGAAGUUCAAGAACAGCAAUGGCUGGCAGAAACUCUGGGUCGUCUUUACCAACUUCUGCCUGUUCUUCUAUAAGACACACCAGGAUGACUUCCCUCUGGCCAGUCUGCCGUUGCUAGGUUACACAGUCAGCACCCCAGAGGAAUCGGAUAGCAUCCAUAAGGAGUACGUCUUCAAGCUGCAGUUCAAAUCCCAUGUUUACUUCUUCAGGGCAGAGAGCGAGUAUACAUUUGAAAGAUGGAUGGAGGUGAUCAAAAGUGCAGCGAGCUCCGCGGGACGCAUGAGUCUGCUUGUACCCAAAGGCCCAGCAGAGAUGAACGGGGGAAGCUGAGUGUGUCAGACUGGUCUCCUGGAGCUGAGGGCUGGGCCCAUUGUCUGCCAGGACCAAACACAGCAUCGUUUUAUCCUUUCUGAUUUGUGGCUCUGAGAAGCAUCAUCAUAAUAACUUGAUUCUUGACUCUGGACUGUUAGUUCUCUGCUUGCUGGGAGUUUGAGCUGCUUAUUGAAGCCUCAGACCAAAGAAGUUGGUCGGAAAGUAAGCACUCUGUAACUGUCUCCCGCCAUUUCUCUUUCUUUUCUUCUCGUCUUCUCGCUGAUGAAACAAAAAGUGGGCAUCUUGCUGUUCUAGAAGCACAUUAGACUGAAAGAAUUCUUAUAGAAACAAAUUAGACUGAAUUAAGUUAAGUUUGUGUGUUUUCCUUAAAGAUCCAGAGAUAAUCUUGCUAAGGUUACACUUAUUGCUGUAUUCAAGUUUUAAGGUCUUUGCUAAGAUGAAUCUGUCAUUAGGAUAUUUAAUGAUUCUUGUUACUCCAGUUUAUUCAGUAGAAAUCUAGUCCCUCAGGACCACAAAUAUAGUUUCUAUUAUUUGUCCUGGGACAACCUGACUGAAUACUACUAAAUGGAGUGUUGACAAGCAGAGGGUUUGUAUUAAGUCCAGCUGGUGCAGUAAGUGAGAUAAAGGACUAGCGCUGUAAAAUGUGUCUCGCUGAUGUACAAACAACGUAAUGUUGGUCAGAGAGCAUGUUUACAGGGCAUAGCUCAGAAACUGGAGUUCUAUGAUCGAGCACCUUUGCGCCUUUAAAGGGUUGAGGCUGAGAUGUUGGUACAGGAAGGAACGAGUGAGGAAUAGUAAUGUUAUUUUGACGUUGAGGCAGCUGAAUUGGCUUGUACAGUAUGUGCUGUCCUCUUCCAGCGUAGGUUAAAGCAUGUCUUGAAGGUCAUUAUUAAGUGACCGUUACUAUUUAGGGGAUUUUUUGAGUUCUGAUCCGUUGCUUUUUGAUCUCACAGCAUUGAUUUUCUUUAAAUCUGAAAACUAAUCAGAUAUCUAGUGUAAAGUGAAGACUGACCAAAAGACAUUUGCUAACCAAACUAAAUGUAAUGUUUUAAAUGAUGUAUUCACAAAUGGCACUGGUUUUGAUUUUUGGGAUACUUGACAGAUAAUAAGCUCAAGUCUAAACUAACCCCCAUAUGGGGGAAGAGGGUCAUCCACGGUGUAAUAUUGCACUUUUCUUUUGGUUCCUGCCAUUUACACACAGGGAAGAGGAAAUGGUUCUGGUGAAGUUAAAACAACAAUGCAAGAUGGUCAGCCACUAAAUCCAAAAUUUAAACUGGGAUCAAAGGCCUAAAACUGCCUGUUCCCAUUUUAUAUUGUAUAUGCGAAUUAUUUUUUAAAAUUUUUUAAAUUUAAAGCAUAUUAAUAAUUAAUUUACAAGUUCUUUCCCUACGAUCUAUUGAUCAGCAAACCUUUUUUUUCACUAUAUAUGUUACGGUCUUGUUUUGUUGGAAGGCCAGUUGAGUUAUUUGUUGUUUCAGUAGCGUGAUGAAGUUCCAGUGUUAUGUUUACUUAUCGGCUUCACUUUAUGAAGACAGAUCUGUACGACAUCUGAUUUGGGAGACUUUUUUUUUUUUUGCCUCUUUUUUGAUUAUUGGUUGUAUUUAUAAGGCUUUUGGCUUUGUCCGUUCAACAUGCUGUACAGGGUCCAACCAAAGACCUGAAGAAGUCUUGCGUAAGCCUAAAAAAGUUUGGCCAGAGUUAGUCGGCCACACAUUAAGCAGUGUUGCUUUGUGUACUUGUAACAAUAAACUGUAUGCAGCUAUCAUCUCGACAUAAGCUCAGCUAGUCUGAUGUGUUUCAAAACCCUCUACAUUCACUAAUGCACUGUGUGGGCUCAUGGUCUCCACCCAUUUUUGUACAUUUUAUGCAAGGACUGGAAUCAUUUUCUUCCUCGUUUUCUGUAUUUGGCAAUAAGAGGGAUGGAUGAAGGGUUGCUUUCCAUCCUGGAUUGCUAAGCAUGAGAAAAGUGAGUUUACUCCAAGACCUCAGUUUCCGGUCUCGUUCAGAGAGGCACUAAACUGAGUUUUGAUGAAAUCGCUUUUCUCCAGCUUUACUAUUUAUUUUGUGUAGCAUGCUGCUGAGGCGUUGCUCCUGUACACACCACAUAUAGUAAGUUUCAUAUUAUGACAUUGAAGGGAUAUCAAAUAAAACUGAGCUGUGUAAA